GAAACCUGUGAUUCGUGACCCGGUAGUGGUGCCGGCUGUGUGGGAAGUUUUCCGCCAGAAGAACGACAGAGAUUUAAGAGACGUCGGAAAACACAACGGUAUGGACUCUCCAGACAGAAGUCGAAGUCCCAGUCCUGCACAGAAAGAACACAGUGGACCUUCAGAGGACGAAUCCAGUCCAGCAGCAGGGGGGCCUCAGCAGGCCAGUCCAGUUGAGAGAAGCCCCAAAGAGCGUCCGUCCCCUCAGGCCAGUCCUUCUGGGUCUGGAAGUGCUGCUUCCAGCAGCUCAGACAGCAGCAGCAGCAGUGAUGAUGAGGAUGAACAUCAAGGUGCUCUGAGGAAGAUCAGAAGCAGCGUGGCUCAGAUCAAAAGAUCCAGAUCCAAAGAGCAAGACAGAUCCAGAUCCAGAGAGCAAGACAGAUCCAGAUCCAGAGAGCAAGACAGAUCCAGAUCCAGGGAACAAGACAGAUCCAGAUCCAAAGGACGAGACAGAUCCAGAUCCAGGGAACAAGAUAAAUCAAGAUCCAGAUCCAAAGAAAGAGACAGAUCCAGGGGACGAAACAGAUCCAGAUCCGGAUCCAGAGAGAGAGCCAGAUCCAGAUCAAGAGGACGGGACCGAUCGAGAUCGAGGGAGAGAUUCCAUGACAGAAGACGCUAUGCUCGGGAUCGCUAUGAUGAUCGCCGUGAUGACAGGGACGGCCGUUUUGACCGACGGGCCUACCGGGACGGCGAGUCGGAUCACAGGAGGCGGGGCCGCUCCGCCUCCCCUCCGGCUGACAGGGAGCCGGUCGUGGCCGAGGAGCCGCCGGUCAAGAAGAAAAAAGAGGAGCUGGAUCCGAUCCUGACGAGGACCGGUGGAGCUUACAUCCCCCCUGCUAAGCUACGCAUGAUGCAGCAGCAAAUCACCGACAAGAGCAGCCUGGCGUAUCAGAGGAUGAGCUGGGAGGCUCUGAAGAAGUCCAUCAACGGUCUGAUCAACAAAGUCAACGUGUCCAACAUCGUCAACAUCAUCCAGGAGCUGCUGCAGGAGAACAUAGUCAGGGGGAGGGGUCUUCUGGCUCGCUCUGUGCUCCAGGCUCAGGCAGCUUCUCCCAUUUUCACUCACGUCUACGCUGCUGUUGUUGCCAUCAUCAACUCAAAGUUCCCUCAGAUUGGAGAGCUGAUCCUCAAACGCCUCAUCCUGGCCUUCAGGAGAAGCUACCGCCGCAACCUCAAGCAACAGUGCCUGACAGCCUCCAAGUUUGUGGGUCAUCUCAUCAACCAGAACGUGGCCCAUGAGGUUCUGUGUCUGGAGAUGCUCACUCUGCUCCUGGAGCGUCCGACCGACGACAGCGUGGAGGUCGCCAUCGCCUUCCUGAAGGAGUGUGGACUCAAACUGACUGAAGUGUCUCCCCGAGGAAUCAACGCCAUAUUUGAGCGUCUCAGGAACGUCCUCCACGAGUCGUCCAUCGAUAAGAGGGUCCAGUACAUGAUCGAGGUGAUGUUUGCCAUCAGGAAGGACGGCUUCAAAGAUCAUCCGGUGAUCCCGGAGGGCCUGGACCUGGUGGACGAGGACGACCAGUUCACACACAUGCUGCCGCUGGACGACGAGUACAACACCGAGGACAUCCUGAAUGUUUUUAAGAUGGACCCGGACUUCCUGGAGAAUGAGGAGAAAUACAAAACCAUCAAACGAGAUAUUCUGGACGAAGGCAGCAGCGAUUCAGGGGAGGAGGGAGACGGCAGCGACGAGGAUGAAGAUGAUGAAGAGGAGAACGAGGAGGAGGGAGAAGAUGAGAAGGUCACCAUCUUCGAUAAGACAGAAGUCAACCUGGUUGCUUUCAGAAGAACCAUCUACCUCGCUAUUCAAUCCAGCUUGGACUUUGAAGAGUGUGCCCACAAACUGAUCAAGAUGGACUUUCCGGACAGCCAGACGAAGGAGCUGUGCAACAUGAUCCUGGACUGCUGCGCUCAACAGAGGACCUACGAGAAGUUCUUUGGUCUGCUGGCCGGGAGGUUCUGUCUCCUGAAGAAGGAGUACAUGGAGAGUUUUGAGGGGAUAUUUUCAGAGCAGUACGACACGAUUCACCGGCUGGAGACCAACAAACUGAGGAACGUGGCCCGACUGUUCGCUCACCUGCUCUACACAGAUUCUGUGCCCUGGAGUGUGUUGGAGUGCAUCAGGAUGAGUGAGGAGACCACGACGUCGUCCAGCAGAAUCUUUGUAAAGAUCCUUUUCCAGGAGCUCUGUGCCUACAUGGGUCUCCCGAAACUCAACCAGAGGCUGAAAGACCAAACUCUGCAGCCAUUCUUUGAAGGUCUUUUUCCUCGUGAUAAUCCAAGAAACACUCGCUUCGCCAUCAACUUCUUCACCUCCAUCGGACUGGGAGGACUGACGGACGAGUUGAGGGAACAUUUGAAGAACGCACCAAAGAUGAUCAUGACUCAGAACCAGGAAGUUGAAUCCUCCGACUCCUCCUCGUCUUCGUCCUCCUCUUCCUCCUCAUCUGACUCCUCUUCUUCAGACUCCUCCAGCGAGUCGGACUCCUCGGACUCUGAUUCGUCAUCCAGCAGCAGCAGCAGCUCAGACUCCGACAACAAACACAGGAAGAAGAAGAAGAGGAAAGAACAAAGUGAGGAGAAGAAGAAGAAGAAAGAGAAGGAAAAGAAGAAGGAGAAACCCGACAAGAAGCGACACGGACGCAGGAACGGCGACGACGGCGACGACGGGAAGCAGGCGAGGAAGGACCAGAGGGGCCGUGCACGUGAUCUGGAGGAGCGUGCACGUGAGGGCGCCCGUCGGAGCAGACGAGACGAGAGAUCGGACGAAGACGAGCGGCGGGAGGACGAGGAGAGGAGGCGAAAGAUGGACAGACAGAGAGACGACAAGAGGGAGAGAGAGAGGGAGCGAGCGAGGGAGAGGGAGAAUGAGGAGAAGAGAGAGAGGGAGAGAGAGAGAGACAAACAGAGAGAGAGAGACAGAGACAGGGAGAGGAAUAAAGAGAACAGAGACAGGAACAGAGAGGAGAGGAGGAGGAGAUAAGAUGUGAUGGACUGAUGACUGACAGACAAGUGAAGUCUCCCUGUUUUCCCUCCAUCAUCCCUCCUUCCUUCACCCCAUCACUCUGGUGUUUGGAUAUGGGACCCAUCUCUCUUUCUCUCUCUCUUUCUUUCUGUCUCCCUCUCUGUCUUCGUCUGUCUGUGUUUUCUAUUCAUGACUUUUGUUGUUGAUAAAAUGAGAAAAAAACAUUAAAGUUGCUUUAGACGUUUCUUAA